AUGAGAAUUGUUGUAUCUGCCUUCGCGGUCGUGAUUGCCGCAGUUGGCGUGCACGCCUAUAAUAGCACCUUAGACAUCCAAUCUAAUUUAGCGGCUACAAAUCACUCGGCCAUGGCUGAUCCCGGCAAGCCACUGGCUCACUUAACUCCCAAUGUUGGUUGGAUGAACGAUCCCAAUGGUUUAUUUUUCGACAAUGAGACGUCAAUGUGGCACGCGUAUUACCAGUACAAUCCCAACGACAACAUUUGGGGCUUGCCCCUGUACUGGGGACACGCAUCAUCAGAGGACCUGGUGACGUGGAAUGACCACGGAAUUGCGCUGGAACCAGAAAAUGAUGAGUCGGGUGCUUUUUCGGGUUCCAUUGUAAUCGAUUUCAAUAACACUUCCGGGCUUUUCGAUAACACAUGCCUGCCUGGACAAAGAAUUGUUGCCCUGUACACUGAGCAUAGUGAAGCGGGAGAAAGACAAUAUGCCGCAUACUCACUAGAUGGUGGAUAUACGUUUAAUUACUACAAACACAACCCUGUCCUCGACAUAAACUCCACUCAGUUCAGGGACCCGAAGGUAUUUUGGCAUGAGGAAACGGAACGCUGGGUUAUGACAUUGGCGUUGUCCCAGGAGUACAAGAUUCAAAUUUACACCUCGAAGAAUCUAACCUCUUGGGAAUUUCAAUCCAAUUUCUCGCAUCACGGCGUUCUCGGGUAUCAAUAUGAGUGCCCUGGUCUUUCGAAGAUUCCUAUCGUUCAUACAACUUCUUCUAACCUUACCCAGUCUGCUGGACUCACUACCAACAACGGUUUUGCGGACUACAAAUGGGUGAUGUUUCUCAGUAUUAACCCUGGCGCCCCUCAUGGCGGAUCCUACAACGAGUACUUCAUCGGUGAUUUCGAUGGUAAGAGAUUCACUGCCCAAGAUGCCGCUACUCGAGCUGUUGACUGCGGUAAGGAUUUCUACGCCAUGCAAACCUUUUCAAACGCACCCAAUGGGGAAGUUCUGGCGAUGGCCUGGGCUUCUAACUGGGACUAUUCUGGCUAUGUUCCCACCCGGGACUGGAGGAGCUCGAUGACUGUCGUUCGCAACCUUACUUUGCGCUACUACAGCCCAAACCCAGAAACUUCGGAGCUCACUCUCUACAAUCAGCCAGUGUUCAAAAGCAGUGGCCUGAACACCAAGCAAAGAUUGAUCAAGAAAUCCCUGAAGUUAAACUCGAACGAAAGUGCCAUUUUCAAUGUGGCUGACGGGGCACAUGGUCUACUGGAAUUUACACUAGAGUGGAAAGUCAAUUCCUCGGCGGUUACCACCGGCCACGACAUGGCCGACCUGUCUCUGAAAAUCAAAGGCGUUGAAGACGACAGUGAAUAUUUGAGGCUUGGGUAUGUGGUAAGUGCUGCGGCAUUCUUUCUGGAUAGAGGAAAUUCACGGGUCAAUUUUGUUCACGCAAACCCAUUUUUUGGCAACAAGGUGUCCAAGAAUUUAGAGCCAUACGAAAGCGCCGAAGAUGGUUUGCCCAUCUAUAAUGUUCAGGGCCUCAUCGAUAGAAAUCUCAUUGAAUUAUUUUUCAAUGACGGCUCCUCCUCUUCUACUAACCUCUUCUUUUUAAGCAGCGAAAACUAUCUGGGAGAAUUCGAGGUGAGCACCGGAGUAGACAAUGUUUUCACGAUUCUAAACUUCGACGUCCAGCAACUAAGCGUGGGAAACUAG